GGCGCAUGGCGAGACGGGACCCGGCAGGGCGCAUUGUAACAAUGUUGUACAGACUUGGUUCUCAAUUCGAGGAACAGCGUCGUGUGUGUGUGCCACUGUCGCUGAGAGGAUCGGUGGGGUCCUUGUGAUUAGAUCGUCCCUGGCGAUCUCCCUUGGCAGCUUCGUGCCUUGUCUUACGCCUGGUGCUCGUUUACGUUUGUGGAAACAUUCUGUCUGAGUAUCCUGGAUUCAUUGUGGUGUAACUCUAGUUCAUUGAGUCGUCGCAGGCUGUCGGGUCCGCUCCACAAUCGUUUUUUUGUUUUUUGUGUUUGUUUGUUUGUUUGUUUGUUUUUGUUUUUGUUUUUUGUUUUUUGUUUUGUUUUGUUUUUUUUUUUUGUGUUUUUUUGUGUUGUUUAGAGUUGUGUGCCACGACACUCAGUCGUCAGUCAUCAACGCGGGAAUGAGCGGCGAGUGCAGGAUCAUCACAAUCCUUGUCCUGACUUGUAAGUUCGUCGAUCGGGGAUUCAUGAGCGACUGCAUCGCUGCAGUUACUCCGUUUUUAGCUUUCAGACGUCUGUAGUCAGUCUGCUCCUGUGUUUCUCUUGCGCUGAUGGAUUUGGCUUUAAUGUGCUAGCUGCAUUCGUUGAGUUGCCCUGUUUCUCGAUCCGGCUGGCUUGAGCGUCUCUCCUCUGCUCUUUUCCUCGCUUCGUUGAUUACUUAAAUUCAUGCUAUCUUGGCAGGCUGUGGUCGCUGUUACCGAUCCUACUUCUGUCGAAAUGGAAUGCCUCCCUUGCUUUGAUCUGCAUGUAGGCUGUUUCUUAUCAGAGGGUUCGUGAUGUUUGUCAGUCUGAAGCGCUGUGUUCUAUUAGGGUUACUUCAGUUUCUCUAAUCCAGAGGGAAAUCAUCUGGUAGGUAGCAGGCGCUUGAUUCAGAAAUCCUUGGAACGUAAGUUAGGGUUGUCGCGGACCUGAUGUUGUCCCGAUUCCCUGGGCAGUUUCUUUUAUGUACUAUCAGGAAAACCGCUUCUUGGUGUUUUCUCCUUCUCGGUGGCCUAUUUAAUUUAUGAAGUGAGAACCAAUCAGGUCCUUUUAAUAGAUUUUAGGUUACUCACAUGACAUAGAGCAGGAGAGAGUACUUUGGCGAUGUCGAGAUUCUAGCAAGUGCGUCCUGGAUCUUCUGCCUCAAUUAUGAAUUUGAGUUCAGAGACCUUCUGCCGCGGACAAGAGCGAAUAGGGUUUCAGAUUCUGUGACUUGCUCAGCAUGUGUUUGUUUAGGCGACGCAAGUUGCCGAAACAGGCACCUUCAUAUGCACCAUCGCAAGCAUGGACUCUCAAUUCGGAAACGGCAUUGAGGAAAGCACAGGAUGAUAGCAGCUUCGAUUUGAGUACAAGUUACACGGUCAGUCAAUCUGAGUUGUCGAAGGAAUCAAAAGUUUCUAGAGAAACUGCAAAUUCUUCAGGAAGUACAUUAUCUUUGGCGAGUUUGAAGGGUAUGCUGUCUGAUGGCGCACACAUUUUCACGUACAAAGAGCUACAAAAGCUAACAGGUAAUUUUAACCCAGCUAAAAACCUCGGAGGAGGCACGUUUCGUGGGACUAUUUCGGGGAAGAAUGUCACCGUAAUUGUGGAGAAAAGGACAUGCGCGGACAUCGAUUUUGUUACUGAAGUUAAGAGCAUUUGUAACCUACAUCACUCCAGUCUUAUAAAGCUUAUUGGGGGCUGCAUGAGCGGGGAUCAGUCGUAUUUGGUGUAUGAAUAUAUCGAUGGUGCAAAUUUGCGGCAGUGCUUAGGCAGCGCUAUUGCCCCCGGUUUCACAGCGCUGAAGGCGUGGACAGAAAGGAUUCGAGUCGCCCUUGAGGUGGCGAAGGGGAUCGAAUAUCUUCACGAACAUGCUUCACCCCCUUUUGUACAUAAAUACAUCAAAAGCAGCAGCAUCAUUUUAGACAACGAGCUUCACGCGAGGAUUGCCAACGUGGGAGUUGCGAGAAUUCGAGGAGAAACGGCGACAGAGCCUGAUUUAGCCGGUGCCCGAGAGGCUAGACAACUGCCCAGGAACCGUAGUUCAGCACGGGAGGCGCAAGGGCUACACCAUGGGCGGACGUUUGGGCGGCCGCGCAGCAUCAAGAUCUCGGGAACUCAUGGGUACAUGGCCCCUGAGUAUACUCAAACUGGUGUCAUCACCUCGAAGCUUGACGUUUACGCUUUCGGCGUUGUUUUAUUAGAGAUGCUUUCGGGACAGGAAGCCGUGAAGCUCCAGCGAAGCCCUGGUGAGAACACUGUUAAGAAAACUGUAUUGCCUGAGGUGAUAGCUGCCAUAUUUUCCGACAAAGAUCCUAGAACUAGGGUUCGAGAAUGGAUAGAUCCACUGCUUAGAGACAAUUUCCCUCUGGAGUGUGCAUGUAGAGCGGCGCUUGUAGCCAGAAAGUGUGUGCUUGCGAAUCCUGACGACAGGCCAGCUAUUCGCAAUGUGACGCUCAGUCUUGAACGAAUAUACGUAGCUUCGAAGCAAUGGGAGGACAAUAUGUUGGCAUCCAAGAACUUGUUGACGUCUACUCUCACUGCUCGUUAAAAUUCCCUGUCAUCAUUCAUGGCCAUGUCCACGGGUGCAGCCCUAGACCGCCAAGUGUGAUAUACUUGACUUUUUCUCAAUUUUGAUUCUGAAUUCUUAACUGUUGCAUUUUUC